AUGGACGUCAUCACGCUACCUCAACGAACGCCGAAGGCGCCGGAAUCCGCCUUUAGUCCACAUUUUCCACCAUCACCUCCAGAGACUGCCGCUCAUACCAGGGAGCCAAGCACUGAUGGCGAUUCAGUCAAGUCUGAUAUGUCUUGUGACACGAGCGAAUAUGCGAUUCAUGGUACUAGGUCAUAUCCUCUACCUCCCAAGUCAAACCCAGGCAACAAAAUUCUGGAGCAAGAUCUGAAGACGCCAGAUAACCAUGUCGAACGCGAUCCUCGUUUAAUACGCCUGACCGGUGUUCACCCAUUCAAUGUGGAGGCACCUCUUACUGACCUGUUUGAUGAGGGCUUUCUGACGUCGAAAGAUCUACAUUACGUUCGAAACCAUGGCGCUGUCCCGAAAGUGGAAGAUUCUGAGAUUAUGGACUGGGAGUUCGUGGUCGACGGCAUGGUGGAGCAACCAAUCAGAAUGAGCCUCUCAGAUCUGAUCAGGGACUACGAACAAGUCACAUAUCCCGUCACUCUUGUAUGUGCUGGCAACCGUAGGAAAGAGCAAAACGUUGUAAGGAAAACGAAAGGCUUCUCUUGGGGAGCUGCUGGUCUCUCGACAGCUCUUUGGACGGGGACUGUGAUCGGCGAUCUACUCAGAAAAGCAAUGCCGAAACGAGGUGCCAAGUAUGUGUGCUUCGAGGGUGCAGACAAGCUGCCCAACGGAUAUUAUGGUACAUCGGUCAAGCUGAACUGGUGUAUGGAUCCAAAUCGCGGCAUCAUGUUGGCGCAUCGGAUGAACGGUGAACCACUGCAUCCAGAUCAUGGCAAGCCUUUGCGGAUUGUGAUACCCGGCCAGAUUGGUGGACGCAGUGUGAAAUGGCUGAAGAAGAUUACCGUCACUGCAGAACCGAGUGACAACUGGUAUCACAUAUACGAUAACAGGGUACUUCCGACCAUGGUCGACCCGGAACAGAGUGCAAACCUCCCAGAGACCUGGAAAGACGAAAGAUAUGCGAUUUACGAUUUGAACACCAACAGUGCCACAUGUUAUCCGGCGCAUGAUGAGCGAUUAUCUGUUGCCAGUACGCUUGGUACUUACAAUGUUCGUGGCUACGCAUACGCCGGCGGAGGCAAACGUGUGACAAGAGUCGAGGUCACCCUAGAUAAAGGAAAGACUUGGACGUUGGCCGAUAUUUCAUACCCUGAGGAUGAAUACCGCCAAGCGCACGAAGAUGAGCAACUCUAUGGAGGACGGCUCGAUAUGACUUGGAGAGAGGCAUGCUUUUGUUGGUGUUUCUGGAACUUGGAGAUCCCGAUUGCUUCUUUGCAGCAAGCGGACGAUAUCAUGGUCCGAGCUAUGGACGACUCCAUGAUGGUGCAGCCUCGUGAUAUGUAUUGGAGUGUGCUUGGUAUGAUGAACAACCCUUGGUUCCGGGUAGUAAUACACAAAGAGGCGCACGGUUUGCGUUUCGAGCAUCCAACACUACCUGCGCUGAUGCCUGGUGGGUGGAUGGAGCGUGUCAAGAAAGCCGGCGGCAACCUAUCCAACGGCAACUGGGGCGACAGAGUGGGAGGUGAAGAGGAGGUCCUUGUUCCGCAGGAAGAAGCCAAGGAGAUCUGCAUGACUAACAAGGACGUAACCAGAUUUAUUUCGAUCGACGAGCUCAAGAAGCACGACGGAGAGGUUGAGCCUUGGUUCGUUGUGAAGGGCGAAGUCUAUGAUGGCACGGAAUUCCUCGAUGGACAUCCCGGUGGUGCGGCCUCCAUCUUCGGUGCGGCCGGUCAAGAUGCCACCGAGGAGUUCGUGGCUAUUCACAGCGAAAAUGCGAAAGCAAUGAUGCCCGACUACCACAUUGGCACGCUUGACAAAGCGUCGCAAGAUAUCCUAGCAAAUAGUGAGACCUUCGCAGAAGAAAACCUCUCACCACGCGACACGUUCCUUCAGUCGAAGGUCUGGACAAGGGCCAUCUUGACCGCUAAAAGGAAAGUGUCAGCAGACACCAAGAUCUUCACUUUCGAUCUAGAGCACCCCUCCCAGACUUGUGGCUUGCCAACAGGCAAGCACCUUAUGAUGCGACUACGGGACCCCGUCACACGAGAAGCCAUUAUCAGAUCGUACACGCCUAUAUCCGAGACCAAUGAGCAAGGCAAACUGCAUAUUUUGAUCAAGGUAUACUACGACUCCCCGGAGCGGAAAGGUGGUAGAAUGACUCAAGCACUCGAUGCUAUUCCCGUCGGCCAUUGGGUCGACUUCAAGGGUCCUACCGGCCACUUCGAAUACGUCGGCCGCGGUAUGUGUUUGAUAGGAACGAAGCAACAAAAGGUGAAGCGCUUCAUCAUGGUGUGCGCCGGCUCGGGCAUCACUCCCAUCUUCCAGGUAUUGCGGGCUGUAUUGCGGGAUUCAGAAGACCCAACCCAGUGUGUCGUCCUGAAUGGAAACAGGAUAGAGGAAGACAUACUCUGCAGGGAAGAGCUCGAUGCAAUGGUAACGGGUAACGAGAACAAGUGCAAAUUACUUUACACUCUUAGUAAGCCGGGGCCAAGCUGGACUGGGCUGAAGGGCCGCAUGAACCAGGAGCUUUUUGAGAAGGAGGUUGGACCCUGUAGGAGUAUCAAUGGGGAGGAGCUGGUAUUAAUCUGUGGGCCAGAGCCGUUGGAAAAGAGCGUCAAAUCGAUAUUGACGGGCAUGGGCUGGAAGGAGGAAGAUCUGUUGUUCUUCUGA